AUCCCCUCUAUCGCACUUUUACAUUUUGGUGCGGAGUAUAUCGCAUUGGCACAUCCGCUGUGUUUUUCAUAUUCUCCUGGUCAUGCUGCGGUCGCCUCUCCGGGCUUGUGGUCCCCCAAGGGUGCACCGCUACUCUGUCCUCCGCUAUCGGCAUGCGCCAAACCCGCAGUCCCGUGGCAAUUGUCGUGGGUUUACAAACUCUUCGGCAACAUAUCCCACCCUUUCACAAUUCGACCGAUCAGACUUCACCAGUCAACCAUGGACUGGAAGCUAUGAAGCAGGAUUACCAACAGCCGGACCUCUUGGGUCUACUCCGGCCUUCGGAGCACCGCGGGUCACGCCGAGAUCCUUGAAGCAUUAUCUAGAUCAGUUCGUGGUGGGACAAGACCGUGCGAAGAGGAUCUUGAGCGUGGCUGUCUUCAAUCACUACCAACGAGUGCAAGAAUUGCAACGAAGGGAGGAGGAAAACGCGGAGUUACUGGCCAAGCGGGCACGCAGAGAAGCCCUUGAGCGUCAUCCAGUCGAGGACGAAUUCCCCGGUCAACAACAAACCGCUCCUCUCCCUCCCGAUGCGGAUCUAGCUGCACCUACGACGGCUCCAGUGGAACUUAAAGAGUCCUCAGAUUCAUCCCCGCUCCAGUUGGAGAAAUCAAAUAUAUUGCUAUUGGGACCAUCAGGUGUUGGGAAAACGUUGAUGGCAAAGACGCUAGCAAGAAUUUUGUCGGUCCCCUUCAGCAUCUCUGACUGUACUCCAUUCACUCAGGCUGGCUACAUCGGAGAAGACGCAGAUGUAUGCGUCCACCGACUCUUGGCCGCGGCGAACUACGAUGUCGAGCAGGCAGAACAUGGCAUAAUCGUUCUAGACGAAGUGGAUAAGCUCGCAGCCACAAAGAUCAGCCACGGCAAAGAUGUUAGUGGUGAAGGAGUGCAACAAGCCCUUUUGAAGCUCAUCGAGGGUACCACCGUUCAGGUUCAAGCCAAGCCAGAGAGGAGCGCUCCUCGCGGUAGCAACACAACCAACACAUAUCCGUCUCACAGUCCUCUAGGCAACAGCCCGUUCACCCCAGCAAGUGGAGGGCACCCGGCCCAAAAGGGCGAGGUCUACAAUGUUCGCACAGAUAACAUCCUCUUUAUUUUCUCCGGUGCUUUUGUUGGGUUGAACAAGGUUGUCAUGGAUAGGAUAUCCCGUGGCUCGAUCGGUUUUGGUCAGCCCGUUCGGGCUCAGUCAGGCUCAUCCGAGCGAUUAAGAGAAUCGGGCCCGGCGAACAAUCAGCCAAUUCCCAUCCUCCCAGGCUCGGAAGAGGAAGCACUCUACAAGAAACAUCUCCCGUUCUUCAGCUCCGCCUCAUCCGCAUCGCCUAACGGCGAGCCAGCCUACUUCAAUGCCUUGGAUCUUCUGAACCCAACAGACUUGCAGAAUUACGGAUUUAUCCCCGAACUAGUUGGCCGUGUCCCUGUGACAGCUGCACUAUCCACACUAACGACACCUUUGCUCGUCCGUAUUCUCACGGAACCACGCAACUCCCUUUUAGCACAGUAUACAACCCUCUUCUCUCUCUCUGGCAUCGAGCUCCGCUUCACCACCCCCGCCUUGCACAGAAUUGCUGCCAACGCCUUCACCAUGGGCACCGGCGCACGGGCACUCCGAACCGAGCUAGAGACGAUCCUCAGCGACGCGAUGUUCGAAACCCCCGGUUCGAGCGUCAAAUUCGUUCUGGUCACGGAGUCGGUUGCGGAGCGCCAGGAGAAGCCUAUCUACUUGUCCCGUGGCCAAGGUGGACGUUUUCAUUCCCUGAUCGCAGCCGAGGAGAGUAAAUGGGAGGAGAAGCUGCGGCGCGAGAAGAAGGCUAAAGCCAAGAAUCAUAAGCCCAAGUCGCCGUCUCCACCAGAAAUACAUUCCAUCUCGAAUUUCAAGGAAUACCGAACCAGAGCAGCUGGCUUCUGAUGGAAAGGUUGAUGCUCGCUCCCCUUCCCCGCUCGUGCUCGGUCAUUUCCUUAUCCCUAUGUCGUCAUUCUCUUUAUCGUAUCGGGCUCCCAUGCAGCGAUUGGUCGUUUUGGUUCGUUUGGUGUUGGGGUAGGGUUUUGCUCGGUUCUCUCAUACUAGUUUUCUGUUUUUUGUUUGUUUGUUUUUUUUUAUACUUCGCUGUGCUCAAACCUGCAAUCUUGUGAAUAUCAUGAUAACAUUUGUAACUCUUCCUUGCGGACGCUUAAAGCCACAGCUCAAU